AUGAUCCACGAGGAGCGGCCGAACUCGCGGGGCCUGGGGUCCCUCGUGAAGCUGAGCAGCGAUCUCAAGGUCGACAGCCCCGACGUCGCCGAGGAGACGCGCACGGAGCUCCUCGAGAAGCUGCGCCUGGACAGCACGCGGCGCGCCCACCUCCUGGAGCAGCACCGCGCCGAGAGCAACAUGGAGGACUCGCGGCGCCACAGCCGCAUCCACAAGCGGCCGGGCUACGAGGCCAUGCGCGAGCGCCACGAGCACCUGAAGGACGUCGACGAGUGGUUCCGGUCGCUGGACGUGGACCACACGAACACGGUCGACGCCCACGAGCUCAUCGGCCCCUUCACGGUGCUGGGCAUGGCGAAGACGCGCACGGACGUCGAGGACCUCGCGGAGCAGAUCGAGCUCCACGACAGCGACGGCAUCAAGGGCCUGAGCAUCGAGGAGUUCCGCGCGUUCGUCGCGACGCACGGCCUCAAGCCCGAGGAGCUGCGGAGCCGCGCCUCCGCGGCCGUCAAGCCCAAGAAGGCGCCGUCGACGAGCGGCGACAAGGCCGCGGCGAAGCGCGCGGAGGAGCUGCGGCUCCACGAGCUCGACCUCCGGACGCAGAUCCUCAUGAACCGGCGGGGCCAGGUCAUGGAGGCGCUCAUGGCCCACGCGACGACGUCCACGGAGCCCGACGUGAAGCGGUGCCGGGAGCUCCAGGGCACGCUGCGGACGCUGGUGAAACACAAGGAGUGGAGCGACCGCAUCACGGGCCCGCUCGGCGACGAGGACCGCGAGCGCUCGGCGACCGCGCGGCGCAUGGCCCAGCUCGAGGCGACCUUCCCCCAGCGCCUGCUCUUCGAGCUCGACCGGCGCGACAAGGCCAAGGCCCACACGACCUGCAGCCCCCAGCGGUCGCGCGCGUCGCGGACGAUCCGCCAGGUCCUCGGCGGGAGCGGCCGGCCCGCGAAGCUCGUCUUCGGCGGCGGCGAGAAGUACGUGUCGCGCUACGCGACGUCCAAGUCCGCCGUCAACGUCGGCGGCAAGCUCGAGAAGCAGGACGACAAGCGCAAGGAACUCGUGAGCCGAGCGUUCUACGGCCACCGGAAAGCCGACCGGUCCGGCACCGUCGGCGUGCCCCUCUACCGGCCGGGCUCGCCCUUCCCCGUGCUCAUCCACGCGUCCACGCGCAAGCCCGAGGACGUGCACCUGCCGGCGCAGAGCCGCAAGUCCCUCCUCCUCGCCGCGGCGCACCGCCGGCCCGUAACAGCCUUUUAG